UGUGCUGUUCCAACAUACAAAUAAACAAAUUAUCCAUGCUAAAGAAAUGUUUAAGUAGUUCUAAACAACAAAUGGGAUUAGAAGGAUUAUAGAAAAGGUUAUUCCUUAGUAAGAGUCUUUUUAAAAGACUGAAGUCAUUAUCCAUUGAAGUAGUUGCCAUUCAAUCUGUAAAAUAUAUAAAGUGGACAUAGACGGAGAGCAUAAAUUUACAACUGGAAAAGCUUUCUUGAAAUUUGGAAACUGCUUAACUUCUAUUCAAGAGUUAAGUAACUAAGAAUGUGUAUCUCAUCAUAUAUGUUAAUUCUCUCUCUUUCUCUUUUUUCUCAAGGUUUUCGACUCUCAGCAUCAAAACCUCUGCAAAAAGCAGAAGAUGAAGAUAUGUUGCUAACCACAUUAAAUCUAGGAAAAACUCUUCGAAAUGGAGAUAGAACUGUGAGCAGAGGCACUAUACCGUUGCUGAAGCAUUAUAAGACUGAAGCCAGAAGUGUUUUAGAUGAAGAGGAUGACAAAAAGGUGAAGUUUUUGGACACAGGUUCCAGACAUGAUUUCUUAAAUCAUGUUAUGCCAAUCAACUUGGGUAGAAAACAGCUACCUUAUCUUGCACUGAAGAGAACCAUGGCUUUUCCAGCUGACACUGAAAUUCAAAAUAUUGAGUCAAUACACGAAAGAGAGACUGCAGAUGAAGAAAAUUCAGCUAAAUUCCCUAUAGGAAGAAGAGAUUUUGACAGUAAGUAUAUUUCCAUUUUUACACAACAAUUAUUUUAUUCUGGUAAAGUAUAUUGCAAUGUCUAUAUAGCAAUUUGAUAAAGGUUCAUUUAGAAACUCCAUGUCUAUUCUGACUCGGUACACAAGGAAGGACUUUGUUAAAUUUACUGAAUUAGUACUUCCAUAGGACAUAAAGAUUUCUAGUUCUUUCAUGAGUUAAUCUGCCAGCUAUAUUUUUUUCUCCCCUAUAGUGCUCAGGUGUAUGCUGGGAAGAGUCUAUCGACCUUGUUGGCAAGUCUGAAAACUACUGAUCUACAGCACCUCCCUUGAAGAUCAAACGUUUUAUUAUCAAUUUAAUGUAAUUUGAAGUUACUAUGUUUCAGUGUGGCUCUAUGUAUGCAUCCAAAAAUAUUUUACCAUCACAUUGUAGUGGGAAACAAUUCAUUACCAAAAAAGAACAUGGUUGUAAUU